GCUCGUCGGACUGUUUUCACAGAAGCACGUCGGUUUGUUUUGCGACCGUGCCGAUAUGUCUUCCCCCAAUUGUUCCGUGUAACGAAUACGUCCUUUUGAUAUCGCUUUUUAUUAAUAUAAAUGUAUGUUUGGUCAACGAUGAUUGGGAAAACAUGGCCGAGUUGAUUGGGAAAACAUGGCCGAGGACGAACUCGCUGCGUUCAGGGAGCGUUGGAAACAAGAGUUAACGAGUCCGAAGGGGGACACUGCUCCUUCCUCUUCCGGAGAUGAACCCGGUCAGUCGGACAGGGGAGACUUGAAAAAUAGGUAUUUUGAGGAUUUAAAAAAUCUCAGCAAGGCCCGCGGUCCAGAACAGGCUGGCUCCACUGAGGACCAAGUCGGUGCUGGGGGUGGCGGAGGCGGGGAAAAAGCUGCAACUCCGGAGUCGGAGGACCAGCCGGAGUAUGUGUCCAUCGCACGGAGUUUGCUGGACGGGAGAACCAGCCCCCUGCGGGACAGGAUCCAGGAGGAGAGGACCAGGAGGAAAAGACAGUUCCACUCCCGUACCAGUUUCUACAGCGCGUCCCUGCAGCAGCUGCAGCCUCAGAGAAAGGUCAAGAAAGACGAGGAGCUGGUGGAUCAACUCAUCCAGGAUCUGAAUGAAGUCAAUGACAUUCCCUUCUUUGACAUCGAGUUGCCGUACGAGUUGGCCCUGAAGAUCUUCCAGUAUCUGAACUGCACCGAGCUGGGCCGGUGUGCACAGGUGAGCCGGGCGUGGGGCGUCCUCGCAGAGGACGGCGUUCUGUGGUUCCGGAUGUGCACGAGGGAGGGUUACCACCAGGACGCCGGCGUGUCCGACUCGCCCUGCUGGAAGAGCACGCUGCGGGACUGCAGGAACUCGGCCAAAACCAUGCGCUCCAACUGGAAGAAUCGAGUGGGAUCCAUCAGCCAGCUGCAGUUCGAGCUGGGGAAGGUGCUGUGCGACGUCAGCUCCUGUGACAACUACGUCUUGGCCGGGUACACGUCUGGCGAUGUGCGGCUGUGGGACACGCUGCACUGGGACUCAAAGGCCUCGUUCCUCAAGCCCAACGGCCUGUCGGCGAACACGGACCCCAGGCCGCAUGUCAGUCACGUCCAGGUCAACGGCACAGUGGCUGCCGCUGCCUAUGAAGAUGGCUGUGUGGACCUGUGGAGCACGGAGACGGGCGGGCAGCCCAUCCACCACUUCCAGAGCCCGGGGGGGAGGAUCCAGGCCCUGGCCCUGAGCCCCGACAGCCCCGUCCUGGGCUCCGCCACCGGGCCCGACGUGCGGCUCGACUGCGCCGACGACCGCGGCUACUGGAGGACGAUCCGCCGGGCGCGGCUGCCCCAGACCGUCGAGAGCCUGGUUCUGGUGCCGGGCCGGGACCAGCAGCGCCCGCUGGCCGCUCUGGCGGCGGGAGACGCCGUGCACCUGCUGGACCCGCGAGACGACGAGCCACGGACGCUGCACUCCGUCUACGGUCACCCCGUCACCUGCCUGGACGCCUCCGACUCCCACGUCGCCCUCGGGGUGAAGCGCGCGGGCUGGGCGAUGCACGACGCAGGCAACAAGAUCCACGUCUACAGCCUGGAGACGGGCAAAUCCGCGGUGUGCGUCGGCAGCUCGCUGGGGGACUUCACCUGCAUCAACCUGAGGGACAGCCCCCCUCACCUGCUGGCGUGCGGGAACAAGGACAGGAGGGUGCGGGUCUUUGACCUGCGAGCCGGCUCGUCCGUGGCGUCCCUGUACGCCCACCACCUGGGCGUGACGUCGGUGCAGGCGGACGACUGGAAGAUCGUGAGCGGCGGCGGCGAAGGGCUGGUGUGCGUGUGGGAGAUGAGGAUGGGAGCCAAGCUGUGGGAGAUGCACAACAGGCAUCCCGUCAGGCACGUGCGCUUCGACACCAGCACCCUGGUGACGGCCAACGUCCCGGACGACAAGUCGCCGCGGGGCGCCUGCAUCACAGACGACGACCUCACAGCUCACCGCAGACACCGGGGGGUCAUCUGCCACUACGACUUCUCCGAGGACGCUCUGUCGCAGGAGAACAUCCUGCCCAUCUGCAGGUCGGACUACAUCGGGUCUCACGGCUACAACUACAACAUAAGCCUGACGGUGCCGUACGACCGGGUGUCGGCCUCCCAUCCGUCCCACUGACGACAGCCUGACCCAGCGAGUGACUGGACAGACAACGGGAAGUUUCACCUUUUUUUAAAUUUUAUUUUAAUCAUCUUAUUCAAAUCAAGAAAUUUGAUAUUUAUCCUGUAUGUCUAUUAAAGGGGCAGUGAGCGAUUAGCGUCUGUCGCUAGCACGUCUCUUCACGUGUGACGGGGGAGUGACGUUCACAAACUGCACACACACGGUUGUGUGGUGCGGUCCGCACCAUUUUUUUUGUUGUUUGUCAAUUUGCAGAGCCAGGUCUGAGCCGAAAACCCAAUUAUUUUUUUUCUGGUGCACGGACCCUGAGGAAAUGUUAGCAGAUUUUUUUACAAAAAGUGUAUUGGAUUAAAAUCACUCGCUGCCCCUUUAACCGUUGAGUAGGUAUUUUUUACUUCACAAUGCAGAUUGCAGCUCUAGAUCACAACCUUGUAAAACCAUAACUGUUAAAUUACUGAAUUUUUAAUAAGAAGUUUGGAUCCCUGGAUUUUAAUCAAUGACUCUGUGCAACAUCAAUAAAAGAAAAAGUUCGUAUCUA